AGGAUAAAGUGCUGCAGGGGUAUUAAGGGGAGUUAAGAUCGUACCGUUACUCAAGAGCCACACGCUAGGAAGGUUGCACGGACAGUGCGCGAGCACUGGAGGGACUCCCGGUGUGCUCGCGGACAUACAGGAUGUAAUAGUUUUUUUUUAAUGCGAAACCGUGAUGCGUGGCAGCUUUUUUUCGAAGCCCUGAGUAACUUUUUAAAUAUUUUUUGGAGUCUUGUCAUGAGUUUAUGUUUUUUUGUUUUUGUUUCGCACCGCUUUUUUCUCCACCGGGUUUGCGUUUUCAUGACUGCGCGCGCCGAGCCGCACGCGCCUGGACGCACGCGAUGGAGAGCUCGAGCUGAGGAGCGCGCGACUGUCAGAUUGGUUGUAGACGGUUUAUCGGCGCAGCGGCGGUAGCGCUUUUAAUCCUCCGCUCAGACGUCUUGCGGUGUUUAAAGCGAUUCCCGCGCCGAUGACAUGGGCUGAUUUCGGGUCACCGAAAAGGCACCGACGAUGUUGCGACGCCGCAGCGCGCGCCUCUCGUUCCGCUACCGGUCGCUGCUCGUGCCGCUUCUGCUGCUUCUGCUGCAUCUGGGAUGUGCGCGAGCCUGUCGCGAGCUUCUCUCGAGCGGCUGCAGCUGCACGGACGAGCGCUCCAAGGGCCACGCGGCGCAGGCGGGCGCGCGCAAACGAGUGAGCUGCGUCGGCAAGGAGCUGACGGAGACGCCGAGAGCGAGCCUGAUGCCCAACCGGACCGUUUCUUUAAACCUAAGCAACAACCGCAUCCGAGUCCUGAGAAAUGGCUCCUUUGCUGGCUUGUACUUGCUGGACAAACUGGAUCUGAAGAGUAAUCUGAUCAGCACCAUCAUGCCAGGAGCUUUUCAGGGUCUAACAGCACUGAGAAAACUUGACCUGUCCAACAACCGGAUCGGCUGCCUGACUCCAGAUAUGUUCCAGGGACUCACCAACCUCACCAAACUGAACAUUUCAGGAAACAUCUUCUCGUCGCUGGAACCAAACAUCUUCCAGGAGCUUCCCUCGCUCAAGCUGGUGAACUUUGACUCCGAGUUCCUGUCAUGUGACUGCGCCCUCCAGUGGGUGCCGGGUUUCUUCCGCACGAGCUCAGCCAAACUCGGAGAUGAGACGCUCUGCACGUACCCCCGAAGGUUCCAGAACAGGCCGCUGCGAGAACUAAAAGAAAGCGACCUGACCUGUGAAGGCCCAUUGGAGCUGCACACUCUGUUUCUGCUACCUUCUCUGCGCCAAGUCGUGUUUAAGGGAGACAGGUUGCCCUUUCACUGUACUGCUGCCCGGGUGGACAAAAUCACGGCCGUGCACUGGCGCCACAAAGGCCGAAGUGUCAGGAACAACCCUGAGAGUGGCGUUAUUCUAGAGGAGAGUGUUCUACAUGACUGUACUGUCAUCACCAGCGAGCUGAUCUUGUCGAAUGUUCACGUUGAUGCGAGCGGCGAGUGGGAGUGUGUGGUGACGACGGGACGAGGGAAUGUCUCACGUAGCGUGGAGAUCGUCGUUCUGGAAAACAGCGCCACAUUCUGCCCUGAGCAAAGAGUGUCCAAUAAUAGAGGAGAGUUCAGGUGGCCAAGAACCUUAGCUGGAAUUACUUCAUAUCAGUACUGCCUGCAGCUGCGUUAUCCAUCCUUGGCUGGAGGGGGUGCUGUUGAUCAGAAGAGAGCGUCUCGGCACUGCGAUCGCUCUGGGCGCUGGCAGGAAGGAGACUACUCACAGUGCCUCUACACUAAUGACAUCACUAAUGUCCUUCAUACGUUCAUGCUGAUGCCCAUCAAUGCCUCCAAUGCCGUGACAUUGGCACACCAGGUCAGGACAUACACAUUGGAGGCAGCAGGCUUCACAGACACCGUGGAUGUUUUCUACGUCUCACAGAUGAUGGAUAAAUUCCACAAUUAUCUCGAUCAGUCUCGUGAGCUGUCAGAAGUGCUGGUGGAGAUGGGCAGUAACCUGAUGCAAGUGGAUGAUAAGAUCUUGUUUCAGGCUCAGAAGGAUCAGAAAGCAUGCAGCACUGUGGUCUGCUCUCUGGAGACCUUAGCAUGGCCACAGCUUCACCCGAAUGCCCAGGAUCUCUCCAUGAUAUCUCAGAACAUCGUGAUGGAAGCUCACUUGAUACGCCCCGCACACUUUACUGGUAUGACCUGCACUGCCUAUGAGAGACAAGAUAGCUCUGGUGCCAGCGGCUUGGCCGUGAUCGAAUCUACCCAGGAGCAGCACUUACGGUUCCGCUGCACGACAGGAGCGCACAACAUGUCUUUAAGCGCUUUCCCUUUAAAGAAUGCUGUAGCACUUGCGUCGGUCUCUUUGCCGCCGUCCCUGUUUCCUCCAAACGCUCCCGCGGACUGUAAACUGCAGUUCGUAGCUUUCCGUACCGGUGGAUUCUUCCCAUUUAUCGGAAACUUAAGCAGCGGAGCUCGUAGGAGGAGAGUGAACACGCCGGUUAUCUAUGUAGGCCUCGACGGAUGCACCAUGUGGAACCAGUCAGCUCCCAUCAUCGUAUCUCUGCGACACAAGUCAUCGGGUAACGACCCGGUGGCUGCACACUGGAGUCUCCACGACCUCAAGCAUAAUGGGAGCUGGAGUACAGACGGCUGCCAGUUAGCGCACAGUGAUGCUAGCAUAUCGACGCUACGCUGUACCGUACUCAGUAACUACGCGGUGCUACAGGAGGUGCCAGAAUUCCCAGGCCUGCCUUCUGGUCUGGUGGAAGUGCUCCACCCGGUGGUGUACACCUGCACUGCAGUGCUCCUCCUGUGCCUCUUCACCAUCAUCUUUACAUACAUUCUGCACCACAGCUCUAUUCGAAUCACUAGAAAAAGCUGGCACACUCUACUCAACACCUGUUUUCACAUCGCCAUGACGACUGCGGUGUUUGCCGGAGGCAUAACUUUAACUAGCCACAAAAUUGCGUGUCAAACGGUGGGCAUUGUUCUCCACUAUUCCUCGUUGUCCACUUUGUUAUGGAUCGGCGUCAGCGCACGGGUGCUCUAUAAAGAAGCCUUGUGGAGGUCUCCACGGCAACCAGAUGGUGAGGGUGCAGCGGUGCCCGCUCAGCGGCCCAUGCUCAGGUUUUAUUUGAUCGGCGGCGGCGUUCCUCUCAUCGUAUGCGGCAUCACCGCAGCUGUCAAUAUUAACAACUACGGAGACAACAUUCCUUACUGUUGGUUGGUAUGGCAGCCCAGUAUCGGCGCUUUCUAUGUUCCCGCCGGCCUGGUGAUCCUGGUGACCUGGAUCUACUUCCUGUGUACCAUCGCACGCUUGAGAUGCCGAACCUCCCAGAGUGCUAAAGAACCUCCAUGCGCCACCUCUGGAUCGUCUCCCUUACCCGAAACCCAGCCGGCUCUAAGUGGCAGCACUAGUUUACUUUCGACUGACUCUGCAGUUGGUCCAAUGCAGGAGGUGCAGGAGGACCAGUAUUCAUUGAAAGUACAGUUCUUGGCACUCGUCGCAACUCAGUUCGUUUUUCUGCUUCUGUGGUCUUGCGGUGCGAUGGCUAUGUGGCACACGGACAAAGAGAGGAAGUUGUUCAGCUGCCUGUAUGGCGGAACGGCGACAGGUUUGGGAAUAUUCCUGGUGCUUCAUCAUUGCUUCAAACGCUUGGAUGUCCAGGCAGCUUGGCUUGGGUGUUGCCGGGGGUACCAUCGCCCGCCGGCGAUCCCAGCCUACAGCCAACCCUGCACUGCGACCGCUGGAGUCCAGAGCACUUCUGAAAGGGGCUCGCAAAUUUUUGUCGGUUCUGUUCCUCCAGCAGAGCAAAGCAAUUACUCUUCUUCCGCCAGGUCAUCCUCCACGCCAAGUGGCACCAGCAGUGUUGGCGCUGGUCCCUGCAAGCUCACCAACCUCUUGCAGGUGACCCAGGACAAUGCUAACAACGCUACACGUGCUCUGGCAGGCACAAACACCAACACCAGCACCAGCACGGAGAACAACACCAACAACAAACCUGCCAACAACCUGGUGCUGCCAAGUAUUAACACCACUGUACCUGCUCAGCAGCAACAGCGAAAAAAGACUAGCAGUAGGACUAAGACAGGAAGUGGCCAGUACCACCACCGGGGGGAGGGAAGGGGACAUUAUCGUCUGAAAGCACUACGAGGUGGUGGGGGCAGUGUAGGUGCCUUGGGCCCACCAGGGGUGGACCAAAUCAACAUUCAUCAUGUUCCUAGAUAUGCAUCCAGCGAGAAUGGAAGUCUUCGAAACAGCCAUUCGGAGAGCCAUAACGGUCCGCUGACCAACGGGAGACACCGCGGGGAAGGACCAGGAACAAGUCCUUCAGAGGGAAGCGAUGGAGGAAGCAGCGGAAGCAGGAAGCCUUUCCCACUUUUGCCCUCUAUAGCGAGUCGGGUUGCAAUGCAGCAGAACGGACAGAAGCGCAGUGCAAGCCGGGACAAUCUUAAACUGGUCACUGCAGCUGAUAAAGACUUGAAACGAGGUUCAUAUCUGAUGAACUCCGACACCAUAACAGCCACCAGAACUACAAGCGGCACAACCUCAUCGACGCUACCUGCCACAUCGAAUGGAAUGCUGAAAGGUUCAGGGAUCGAACUGGAAGCGAGCGGGUCGGACCAUUCGCAGGGUUCGAUCGGGAUGAGACCCGGAGUUUGGAAAAGUGAGACGACGGUGUGAUGGCGACAAAAGUGUGCCCAAGCAUUCUUUGUUUAGGCAAGUGUAUGAAAACUGCCUCAAUCCUAAGUGAAACGUUGGGUCUCUUCCAGCGUUAAUCUCUCUGACGUUUUAUUUGCAGUGAUGUUCAGUGAGCUUCAAAGAAUUUGCACCUUCCACAAGCACACCGGACUGUUUGCCAGAGCGUGUAUUUGUUAAGGUUUCAUGAGGGAUCCUAUAUAAAGCAGGAGGCUCUGUGUCUCGGCCUCGUCGUAUUGUUUUAAUGAGAGGGAGAGAAAGAGAAUUAAGGGAUUUACAAACAGUAUAUGCAAAAACUGAACCCUUUCCAAAUCAAUGUUUCUUUUUCAUCAAGAAACGGUGACACAGUAUUAUUUAUCUGUGAUAGAUGUGCUUGAUGUUAAGAAUAUAACAUCUAACGUGUGGUUUAAAAGCUAUUGCAACAAAAUGAAGACCUUAUCUGUAAGCUUUUUUUUUUUUUAUCUAUGCAUAUCAGUGGAAAUGGGCCACAAAGUGCAUUCGGAAUUUUUUUUGCUUAUACAACCUGUUUUGUGCGUGUGUGUGUGUGUGUGUAUAUGUGUGUGUUUGUCAUGCUUUGUGUUUGCUGGUUACAUAGCGAACGUGCACAUGUGCACAUAGUGAGAGAUGUGUACAGUAUGUCUAUGUCGGAAUGUCUGUAUGAAUGGAUGUAUUAAUUGACAAUUACAGUACAGUAUUUAGCUUUAUUUCCUCUCCAGCACUGAUAAAUACCUCUUGGCCUUACUUUAUCGUUCCAGUAUUAAGGACUUGCGGUGAGUUCACUUCUUUCUUUCCUAGCUUUGUUUGUGGAAUAUCUAUCGGCACCGAGGGAUGCUGUGUUUUUCUUUUUUCUGUUGCAAGACAGGAAAUAACUCAAGUCUGUGUGUUAUUACUGUCCCUCUUGUGUGUCAAAGGUCACGAUUAUAAUGAAAAACACAGGUCUAGACUGCCCUCUAGUGAGAGGACCAUUUUUCAAAUGCACUGCCAAACCAAACAUACUGCCAAGUCAUAAAGGCUAUGAGUGGGGAUUUUAUUACCGUUGUGUUGAAAUAAAUUUGGGUGGAGAUUUUUUUAUUUGUUUAAUCAUGUCUGACAUGGUUUUCCUGUAGCACUUGGAAAAAAAAGUCCUUCCCUAAAACCUUAAUUAAGCACAAACUGUGUAUUAACAGAUUCAGGGUAUUUUCCUUUUCUUUUUCUUCCUUUCUUGUAGUCCUGGCUCAGUUGAUCUCUUUUCUUUUCUUUCUUUCUCAGGUGUACUCAUCACUGCUGUCAUACUAACAUAUUGUUCAGUGCUAACAUUUGCGUAGCUUUUCUCUGAUUGCAACAAAUGAACAAAUGCACAGGACCAAAAAAAAAACAAAACAUUUUUUAAGGAAGUAUUUGAAGAAACCAGCCUGAAGACAUGAUUAAACGAUCUAGAUUCGAGGUUGUUCAUCAAUCAAUACAGUAUAGCAGUGUAAUAUUAAUUAAUAUUAAUUGUACAUUUAGAGCACUUAAAACAAACGGAAAGCCAAUUUUUGUUUCUAAUACAAUUUAAAGAAGUGAAGGAAGAAAGAAAGAAGGAAAGAGUACCCCUGGUCUUAAAAGGGGGAAACAGUGUUAUUCAAAAAGACAUUAAUUUCUUUACAAGUCCUGCAUAUGCCAAGAAGUAGCUUUUUUUUUUUUUUUUUUAAAUAUUACAUCAUAUGCAAUUUCAUGUUAAUGACAAUGACAUUUUUUUUACACUUCGUAUCAUGAAUCUGUCUUCGAUUAAAGUUUUCCGCCAGCUCUAUGUUCAGGGAUUUUUUUUUACACCAAAGAAGCGUUUUUAAGCAUCUCCAGUACUGCUACAGUAUUUGUCAAGUUUUCAAAUUGUAUACACAAUCCCAGAAGUGUCACAAAUUAGGCAAAAAUUAUUAAAAGUUCCAUAAUAUCAGUAUUUAUUAUAGUGUAUGUCACAAAUCAGAUGAGCUUUCCUUUUAUUGCAUGUUGGAUUCCAGUGUGUUUUAUAAGUAACAUGAUGCUGUGUAAGGUUGAACUAUCCUUUUAAAAACAGGCAUGAAUUAUUGUGAUCUUUUUUUUUUUUAAUCACCAAACGACUGCAUUAAUUCCAUGGUUCCCAGUUUGAAGUUGAAUGAAAACAUGAUUGUACCAAGCAUUUGUCUUGCUUUUAAAUGAAAUAUUAACUUGUUUGUGCCAUGGUUAAACAAUCCUUGUGAUUUUUUUUUCUGUCCCUAUGCAUGAAGUUUUUGGUCAGCAAAAAGUAUUUGGUAUGCUAUUUAUCCACUAAUGAUGGUUUCUACUGUCAUCUUGAGUUUUUAAAGGGAUAUUUCAUGUUUCGUGUAUAUUUAUAUGUCACUUUGCGUCAAUAUGAAAAUUCAUUUUUCAGUUCCAGUAAUAUAUUUGCUGUUCGUGCCUUAUAAAAAUUCUGAUGCAAAAUAAAGACUUUCUAAAUAUC